AUGCCUUCCGACGUUUUCAUUGACGGAGCUCGAUGUCUCGAACGUAUUCGUAAACUCUACGCAUUAUGGCAAAAUACUAAUCAUGAAGAUGGAGCUGAUGCAUCAACUCAUGAUAAUGAUGCAUUACAUUCUGCUGAUGCAAUUAUUAUUGUACGAGGACAAAAAGAAGAUGAUUUUACCUAUAGUAAAACUGCUGCUAUGCAGACUUGGUUAUUCGGUUAUGAAAUGCAUGAUGUUCUUGUUGUAUUUUGUCAAGAUUCAGUAAUUAUAUUUGCUGGUUCAAAAAAAAUUAAUUAUCUUAAACAAAUUGAAAGUGAACAUAAUAAUAAAGAAAAUGCUCCAAGAAAUUUUAACUUUUUAAUACGUAAAGAUAAUGAUGAAAAAAAUUUUGCUGAUAUUAUUGAACAAAUUAAACAAAGUCAUCAAGGUAAAACAUUAGGAGUAUUUUCAAAAGAUAAAAUGGAUGGAACAUUUGGUGAACAAUGGAAAAAUUAUUUAAAUCAACAUUCAUUUGCAACUGUUGAUAUAAGUGCUUCGAUUGGCUAUUUACUUUCUAUUAAAGAUAAUGAAGAACUUGGUUUAAUUCGUAAAGCAUGUGAAAUAACUGGAAAACUUUAUAGUAAACAUUUAAAAGAUCAAAUUGUUAAUACAGUUGAUUCGGAACGAAAAGUAAAACAUUCAAAAUUAUCUGAAGGACUUGAAGCAGCAUUAAGCGAUGAAAAAUUUGUUGCAAAAGCUGAUCUUAAUCAUGUAGAAAUGUGUUAUCCAGCUAUUAUACAAAGUGGUGGAAAUUAUAAUUUAAAAUUUAGUGCUUCUGUUGAUAACAAUCUUCUUCAUUAUGGUGGUUCAUCAAUAGUUUGUGCAUUUGGAAUUCGAUAUAAAUCAUAUUGUUCAAAUCUUGUUCGUACAUUACUUGUCAAUCCAUCAGAACAAAUGAAAAAUACAUAUAAAUUUUUAAUUGAAUGUGAAGAACUUAUAAUAAAUGAAUUAAAACAUGGUGUACAAUUGUGUGAUGUAUACAAAUUGGUACGAGAAAAAGUCGAGAAUGAACGACCAGAACUUGCCAAUAAAAUGACAAAUAAUUUAGGAACAGCAUUAGGUAUUGAAUUUCGAGAAAGUUCUAUUGCUAUAACAAGUAAAUGUACAGUAAAAGCAAAGAAAGGCAUGACUUUUCAAGUGAGCAUUGGCUUUUCUGGUUUGGAUAAUCCUGAUGGAAAAGAUGAUCAGUCAAAAAUUUAUGCUUUAUUUAUUGGCGACACUAUUCUUGUUAAUGAAAAUGAACCUUGCACAUUAUAUACAUCAUCAAAAAAAGAUAUAAGUCAUAUUGCAAUUAUUUUAAGAGAUGAUGGAUCAGAAGAAGAACAAGAUAAUGAAACAACUGCAAUAGCACCAAGACGAGCAGCUACUAAAGAAAAACCUCGAAAUGAUGCAUCCGCACCUGAAGAAUCUCGUCAAGAAUAUCAAAAAACAUUAUUACGUAGAUUAAAUGAACGAGCUGAAGCUCGAUUAACAUCACAAGAUGAUAAAGUAUCAUCGGAAAAAACUCGCAAAAUUCUUAAUUCAUAUAAAUCGGAAGGACAAUUACCAAAAGAUCCGGAUAUUCAUGAUUUAAAACUUUAUGUUGAUAAACAAUAUGAAACAGUCAUUUUACCGAUUAAUGGAAUGCCUACACCAUUCCAUAUUUCAACAAUUAAAAAUGUAUCAUUAGCUGUCGAAGGUGAAUAUAUAUAUUUACGUAUAAAUUUUUUUAAUCCUGGUGGCAUUGGUAAACAAGCUGAUUCUAUUGAUAAGGAAAAUGUCUAUAUAAAAGAAUUAACAUAUCGUGCAUCGAAUGAUAAAAAAGAUGAUGUUGCACCAGCAUCAAAUAAUCUUUCUCAUGUACAUAAAUUAAUUCUUGAAACACAAAAAAAAUUUAAAGAGCAAGAACAAGAGAGAAAACAAAUGGAGGGUGUUGUUAAACAAGCAGCAUUAAUUCUUAAUCCAAGUAAAACAAAUCCAAAAUUAAAAGAUCUUUAUAUUCGUCCAAGUUUAGCAAAUAAAAAAAUCAAUGGUACACUUGAAGCACAUACAAAUGGUUUUCGUUAUACAUCAGUACGUGGAGAUAAAAUUGAUAUACUUUAUUCAAAUGUUGCACAUGCAUUUUAUCAACCAUGUGAUAAUGAAAUGAUUAUAUUAAUACAUUUUCAUUUAAAACAUGCUAUUGUAUUUGGUAAACGAAAACAAAUUGAUGUACAAUUUUAUACUGAAGUUGGAGAAUUAACAACGGAUCUUGGUAAACAUCGAAAUAUGCAUGAUAAAGAUGAUGUUUUAGCUGAACAAGCUGAACGUGAUUUACGUAAUAAAUUAAAAGCAGCAUUUAAAGGUUUUAUUGAUAAAGUAAUACAACAAAAAAAUUUUCCAUUUGAAUUUGAACAACCAUUUCGUGCGUUGGGUUUUCAUGGUACACCACAUAGAUCAAUGGUUUUAAUUAUGCCAACAACAACAUGUGUUGUGCAAUUAACUGAAUGGCCUCCACUUGUUGUUGUGCUUGAUGAAGUUGAGCUUGUUCAUUUUGAACGUGUUCAUUUUCAAUUAAAAAAUUUUGAUAUGGUUUUUAUUAUGAAAGAUUAUUCACAAAAAACAUACAGUAUACAAUCAAUACCAAUGAAUGAACUUGAUCCAAUUAAAAACUGGUUAAAUUCAUGCGAAAUUUGUUAUACAGAAGGUCCACAAUCAUUGAAUUGGGCAAAAAUUAUGAAAACAAUAACAGAUGAUUUAAAUGGAUUUUUCGUUCAAGGUGGUUGGACAUUUUUAGAAGCGGAUACUGAUGAUACAAAAGAAGACGGCCCUGAUGAUGAUUCGGAUAUGAAUGAAGAUGAUUAUAAUCCAGAAGAAGAUGAUAGUGGAGAAGAAGGAUCAGAAAGUGACUAUUCAGGUGAAGAAGAAGAUGAUGAUGAUGAAGAAGAUUUUCAAGAUAAAGAAAGUGAUUCAGAUGAAUCAGAAAAUUUGGGUUCGGAUGAAGAAUCAGGAAAAAGUUGGAGUGAACUUGAAGAAGAAGCAAGAAGAGCUGAUGCUGAAAAAGUGGAUUAUGAUUCGGAUAAUGGUGGUCGAAGUAAGAAAAAAGGUGGCGAUUCAAAAAAACGUUCUGCAGUUGUAUCAAAAAAACGAUCAGCUCCUUCACCACCACCAAGUAACAAUAAAAAGAAAAAGAAAUAA